UAUAUUUAGUUUUCUUUCGUCGCCGAUGAUGGAUCAAUUAUAUGUAUUUCCGAUUAAAAUUUAGUUUCGUUACACACCAGUCUGUCUAACACUAUCACUCUGAAUAGUCGCAAUUAGUAUUGUAUGGGGAAUAAGACCGAUGGCCGAGCUGUAUAAUUUGCAGAAAUGGGCGACAGACAACCGCUAAAUAUACUGGACUUAAAUGAUUUUGUUCUGAUGAAAAUAUUUUCGAAUUUAUCCGAAUUGGAAAAAUAUCACUGCAGCCUAGUAUGUCAACACUUCAGCAGUAUAGCUACGAGUACCUAUGCAACUCUUAUGGAAUUCGACAGCAAAUUAAACAAAUACUUCGAUGGACCCAACGACUAUCGAGAAAACCUCGAAAAUUGUUAUGGCGUCAUUAAGUCGCUGGGAAUGUAUUGGAAGACUAUCCGAAUUUCAUACAAAUUUUCAAUUCUACGACCGGAUACCACACUAAAAUUAGUGAAGAAAUUCUGUCCAAAUGUGGAGCAUUUAACACUGCAGUUUGAUAAAGUCGAGUCAAAGUUUGUGCUCAAUAAUUUACCAAAGAAAUUGAAAACAAUUUCGUUAUCAGCUGAAUGUCGAUGUAGGGAAAAUUGGUUGACUCCGCUCCAAUAUUGUGUGAAUUUGGAACAUUUAGCGCUGAACUUUACUUUGAAAGAUAACAAGAAGAGGUUGCGAGAUAGGAAGAAAAUGUUGCGAGGUGAAUUUCUUCGACAUUUUCCGAAAUUGAAAAUUUUAAUGUUUAACGGGUGUCGACCUGGCGAACAUGCUUUAAAGAAUUGUUUCCAUAAUUCGGUCAAUCUGUCCGUUCUCGAACUGAAUUGUGAUUUGGUCGUCAAGGCAUCAAGUAGAUUCAUCGAAAUCAUUUUAUCGAAAUUGACUAGGCUGCAACGCAUAAAACUGCAACCAACUCAAACGAUGCGAUUGGAUCAGUUAGGACUGCUAAAAGAUUUAAAGUUUUUAAGCUUAGACAGUUGGGUACCGAACGAUCUGAAUUCGUUGCUCAGGAACCUAAUCUCAUCGAACCGAGUUCAAUGCUUCGAAGUGGACAAUUGCCAAUCGUUCAUCCACAGCGAUAUAAUUUCCGAACUGCACAAAUGGACCAACUUAAGGUAUCUGUACGUUGACUACAUGGAAAGUUUCGACGACCGAUUUCUGCGUCAAUUGGCCACAAUCGGAAAGUUAAAUUAUUUUCAUUUUUCGGGCAGAGGUAGAAACGUAUCGGUUAACGAAAUGAUCGGUUUCCUGGUAAAAUCCAUAAAUUUGGAAUUAUUUGAUUUUCACAUUUAUUAUGAGUCAAGUGAUACACAUACACCCGAUACGGUCAGUGAUGUUCAACGACUGAAGGAGUUUCAAAAGGCCAUAACGGAACGAAUUAAAAUUAUUACCAUUUACAGUACGGUGACAAGUGUGCACUGCACUGGGGGCUUUCGUGUACGAAAAGAAAAUGCUUUUCAACGGUCAUUGGCCAGUAUGUUGAAUUUAGACUUAUCCAAAUCACUUUUCGGCGGAGCCUUACAAGCCUAGGGUUAAAUUUCAGUCUUUCGUUAUGAAGAUAUUUUUUACUGUGUGACGAGAGGAAAUAUAAAUCAAACUAAGCUUCGAUCUACAUGUGUAGCACAGAACUUUUUGUUACGAUCCGUAGCUUUCUUGUUUUUAAAAAUAAAUUUUACCAGAAAAAAAUAGUUGACGAAGGGUUAAGGUUAUGUCUCCCAGAUUAACAAUUUUAACUAAAACACCUGACUUAUUACCUUGAAAAUGAUACCUUCUAUAAAUUUUGAAAAUGUCCCACUCCUUUCAGUUGACUGCGUCAUUUCUUGUGUUUGGGCAGUAGUCUGCUUUAAUUAAUUUCUUUUACAUGCUUUUGUUUUCCCUAGGGUCGAAAGUGGCA